AUGACCGGAGAACAUGAAAGUCCGUCGACCGACAAGAGCCUUUUAACGAAACUCUUCCAGUCCUCCCGUCCACCUCUCGCAUCCUUCACCCAGACUGUCUUCGCCCAGUCUACACCAUCCAUGGAUACUUCUCGCACAGGCUACGUGACCAUGAUGUGUUUCCCAACACAGACCAAAGACUUUGCCGACUUUCCCUCCGACUACCCCAUGGCACUGCAGAAAUUGAAACUCGCAUACGAGAGAACCUCCAGGGAAAGAGGGCCUCUCCCGUUGCCGGUCUUCUUUCACUGUAUUAACGCCCUUGGACAACGGCAGUUGGGCAUGAACAUCAAGGAUAUACUACGAGAGCAGUGCGAGGUAAGAAUCUAUGGACCCGACACGACCUUGUCCAUGGGUGAAAAGCACAAUUUCAAACUGCACAUCGCGCUUCCUCAGGCAGUCGGAUAUGGCCUUAUCACAAAACAAAUUCAACUUGGGAAAGGCCUGUCCAAGCCCACGACCAAAUCUAGCCUGAUGAAGAAGAUUGCUAAGUGGGUAGAGAUAUAUUAUGAGGAGAAUGAGGUUUCGAUGGUUGGAGUAGAUGCUCGAGUCACUUCGGACCGGCUGCGCCUCGUUGGAUUGACCUGGGUGUCCAGUGGGGCUGCGAUGGCCUUGUUGCAGAUAGUAGCUUGA